AGGCGGGCGGGCUCUGUGGGCUCUGGUGGGAUGGCGGAUGAGGAAGAGGACCCCACUGUGAGUGACCACCUCUGUUCCAACCCGCUCUUUUCUUCACUCCCUCGGUUUGAGGAAGAAAAUGAAGAAAUUGGAGGAGGUGCAGAAGGUGGACAGGGUAAAAGAAAGAGACUUUUUUCUAAAGAAUUACGAUGUAUGAUGUAUGGGUUUGGGGAUGACCAGAAUCCUUAUACUGAGUCAGUGGAUAUUCUUGAAGACCUUGUUAUAGAGUUCAUCACUGAAAUGACUCACAAGGCAAUGUCAAUUGGAAGACAAGGGAGAGUACAAGUUGAAGAUAUCGUCUUCUUGAUUCGAAAGGACCCAAGGAAAUUUGCUAGGGUUAAAGACUUGCUUACUAUGAAUGAAGAAUUGAAACGAGCUAGAAAGGCAUUUGAUGAAGCAAACUAUGGAUCUUGACGACUUUUGUACUUUCUGAAGCUUUAUUAUCUUCUGGGGAGACCAUAUAUAAUGACCGUGUGUUCUCCAUAGUAAGUUCCUAAUAACUAGCCAUGUAAGUGAAAGAUGGAGAAGCACAAAGUUUCUCACCUUUAUUUUCAUGUCUUUGAUUUCAGAGUGAUAUUUGAGUCUAACUGCUUGCCAUUAUACUACCAUCCCUGAAUUACUUACUGGGUUUUAAUGACCACAUGUAAGUUGAAGGACCUUGCAAACCAUGUAGUAUCUUCUGACUUUGACUAUCUAAACAGUGGAGUAGUAUUCAUAUAUCAGAUGUAUUUGUGCCAUUGCAGGCCAUGCUGUUUAAUAUGUGCUAUCUAAAUGGCACCUUUGGCUUUAUGAUAGCUAAGACAUGAUAGCUAUAACUCUAAGUUUUAAGACUGCAGUAAUCUGGGAGGUUAUUAAAAGAUAGUGAAAUUGUUUGUGUUUCCGUUAAGGAGAAGAUAGAAGAAAAUACAGUCUUUUGUAGGAGUGUUUAUCUGUCUUAAGGUAAUAAUUUGUUUUAAUAUUUUUUCUUUUUGAUAGAGUGAUUUUUAGGAGAGAGAAACUAAGUUUCAUGUGAAUGCUUCUGUGUUGAAGGAUUUUUUGAUUUAAAACCUUUUGGGCUUAUAUUAUACUAUUUCUCAAAUUUUAAGAAGAUUGAUUUUCCCAUAUUAGAUUUCUCUUCUAUAUAAAAAUAAAUGCUUUUAGUAGCAGGGAUGGAUUGCUUAAAAAGGUGACGGCAGGAUAAGCAUUUGGGUGGUGUUUUAAUUAACAUUUGUUAGUACUUAUUCAUUGUGGAAAUGUGUACUUGACUAAAACCAUAUAUGGCUACGGAAACCACUUUUGCAGAUCAGGAUAUACAGUUUUUGUGUGUAUUUACCUUAUUGUAUUAAAUUAUUAUUGUACUUAGCUAAAAAUCAGGAUUAAAAUUGCAUUUAGAGGGAUCACUGAAUAUUACUCUUUGUGAAACUGAAUGUCUUAUGUGCCACUUCUAAACACUAUAAACCAGUACUUAGGAAAAUGUAACUUUCUUAACCUAUUUAUACAGGAUUAAAGUAUGAAAAAUUAAAAAAGAUUAAUACUUUAAUUUAACUAU